AUGGCCUACCAUGGGGGGCGGAGCUACCUGAAGGACCUACGUAGUCUAUACCUCUCCAUCGGCGAAUCAACCAAUAAACAAGCGAGCAUCUCCUCCGUCUGUGGAGGCAGGCUUGAAAUCCUGCUCACUCCGAAUGAGGGCCCUUACGCGCAUGCGAUGUUCACUCUAGAGGUAAGUCAUAGUUUCUCGUGUCUACGAUUUUCUCAGCACAACGUAACCUAAAUAAAUAAACCAGUCUGCCAAAUAAUUAUUCCAGCAACUCUUUGCCCGACCUCUUGGUUUAUGGGAACCGAAGUAACUGGCUAUAAGCCUUCUGUCUCUUUAUCACCACAUGUCUUUGCAUUUGUUUCAUCACCUCUACCUGCUUACGUAGUUAUAGUUUGGGAUUCGAAUAUAGCAAUCACUUAGAACACCUUAAAGAUCCCCGAUUAAUAGUCCACUCUCCUGCUUGAGGAAGGUUAUUACUCAGUCUUGCAAACCAUAAGGCCCUUCGUACUGCUUGCAUAGAUUGAAAAAAUACUUGCUUCUUAUCUAUCCUCCUUUCAGAUAGUCGCUUCUGACAACUAUCCCCGUACUAGCCCUGAAAUCCGCCUUCUCACACCAAUUUUUCAUCCCAACAUUAAUCCACAAGGGGGCUACAUUUGCCUCAGCAUCAUGGAUGACUGGAACAGGUAGGUUGUUCAUUUGACGCAGGGGAAAGCACUCUAUUUCCUUUUUGUAUUCAGUUGUUACAGCUUCCUCGACGUCAUCAAGGCGGUCCUCUUUCUCCUUGCUAAUCCAAACUUUGACAGUUCCAAUAACACAUUCGGCUCCUUACCCCCAGAGUACAGAGACAGAUUCGAGGAGGUGUGCAAGCAGUUUCUUGCCGGAUUUCCUGUCAAAGGCGAGGCCUAUCCGGCGAACGAGAAGUGGUGCACAUGGGCACGUGCUAACAACUGUUUUCCGGUGCCUAGAGGGGACCAGAACAGUGGUGAAUCGCAACCUCCCGCUCAUUCGAAUUCGUCUGUGCGUGAGAUAUUUUCUUUCCUUCUAACCUGCUUUCUAUUUCUUCGCCAUUUUCAUCGUUGACUGUGACAUUCUGCUUGAUCCAAGUCAACGUGCAUGAAGUAUAGCCUGUCUGCUGCCAUGCCCGUAAAUAAUGGACCGCAUGAAACUUACGUGCUCCACAUGAAGACUACCUGUGGGCUGCGAAAUUCUUAGGCGCUGCUCCUCUGUCUAGAAUUUUACUAGACUCCCCCUCCUCAUGGUGUCACCUGUCGUGGAGUGUACAUUUUGUCUUUUCAAUGUCCCGAGACAUCAUAUGCCGUCUAUAUUUUGCCUACCAUUGAUGGCUGAUCUGAAAUCAAAUAGGUUCCAUGUGGUUUCGUGGAACUGCCCGAGAUCCCAUUCCUGUGCAUGCCUAUGAAACGAUUGUCUGUGUUCUCCUCCAUUCAUUGCACAUACUUCAAUUAUUUUGCAUUCUGUCUUUGUAGACCUCUCCCGUGGUGACGCUUUGCUGUAAAUGAAGCAGUCUUUAAUAGCUGUUUAUAUGAUUGACAACUGUCAGCAUAACAGGAGCAGUUUGUCCCUCGUUAUGUCCAAAAUCGUGAUAUGGCAUGUUGCUAAGCUGCGUUCAGAGCAUCCUCCCCCGAACUGGGUUUUUGGUGUGUUAUGGGAUUUGUCGUGUUUAAGGGCAAGUGCACUUACUGUCGAGGGAGAUAUCCUCUCUCAGAUUUGCCAAGUGCGUCGCCUGGAAACAUGUAUACGCAACUUACUUGAACACCUCGUCAUAAUAUCUUCAAACCUCGCUGAAUCUCCCUGCCGGUCGUGAACUGAAUUACAUACUGUCCUGCCCUCUCCUACUCUAUGCUGGCUCAUUUGGGUGAUCACGAAGCUAAACUUGGAAUAAAAUAAAGUUAGUUGUGUAGGGCAAUUAUAAAGGCAUGUGGGCUACAUGGUGGUUUUAUAACUUAAGUGAGGAUGACCACGUGUGCCGUUGCACAUAUUCCAGAUUUCCCAGAAAACGUCCAAUGAGUCCUGUUUUUUUCUGAUUCACUGGAUGUGCACAUUUUCAGACCACACCUUCCACUGUCCCAACCACUCCUCUGGAGGGACAGUUGAAGUGCAAAGUCGGAACACAGCAGUCAGAUCUGGAUGUGGUACCUGACACCUUGAGCUUCUCCACUCCUUCAAAUUAUGUCCCCUCUGUCGCCAAUGUCCGCUACUCAGUCGGUACCGAUUCCGAUAAAUUCGGCUCCAUCUACUCAUUCAGCCGCUCUAACUACCUCCAAGCCCUUCGUAUCCUCCUGUACCAACAGGGAAAUUCUCAUCCUCGUAUCUUCUAUUUUUGUGACUUUCUGGGUUGUAUUGCGUGUCAGAACAGUACAGAACCGGUUUAUUUCUGCAAGCAGGCUGAUCAGGCGGCCCCUGAGACCCAUAUUUAUCAAGAAUCCACUUCCCAGACCAGCUCUUUCAUAGAGUGGACCUCGUAUCGCCGGGACUUUUAUUCGGGUGAACGAUAUUCCAGCUACAGUAACUCACCUGCUCUCAGCUGUAUAUCCGCUCUCUUUCAUGUUAAAAACGUCAAUACAACUUCAUACGAACUGUUUCCGGGCUGUGGCAACUAUGUACUUUGUGCCCUUUUCGCGGAAUCGCGAUCGAAGCCGAGACAAAUUGAGGACGAUCCGCUGGAUGAGUCAAUGAAUUUGGAGGACUUCUUUGGUCUGAGUUGCGAAGAUGUUUUUACACAUAGCGCUGAUGGCCAUCAGUCCAUUGUCGAGAAAGACGAAGGAGAGAACGCGCGGACGGAGGAGUGUUUCGAGGAGGAGGAGGAGGAGGAAGAGGAGGAGAAGGAGGAUGGGUCGGUCUCCGGUGAAUCGCUUUCGAGUCGCGCCAGCAGACCAAGUGACGGUGAGGUUGGUGGAGGGAGACAGGCGGAUGAGGAGGACAAUUUUGCUGACCGUGAAGACGCUAGCGAAGGUAGAAGAGCCUCGGAAGACUCACAGAGUUACCUGUACGGCAGAAUGAACAAUGCCACUAAUGAGUCAGUUGAGUACUGCUACGACUGUAGUUGGUAUUACAGUCGGGCAGUUGAGACCAUGCAGGAUAUCACACCAACUGCGUGGAUCUUCCUUCAGACGCGAUGGCCGCCGAUCCUAGCGCCGCAGCAGGUUAUAGAUUUGGAGGAGAAUUUUCCGACCCGAAUUCCUUCCUGGAGGGGCUCUACUCCGAGGCUGGUGAAGGAUGUUGCAAUGUUCUGUCGCCGACAUCUCAAGCUGGAUUGUUUGAUUCUAUUGGAUCCGCUAGUAAGUAGAUAUUUCGCGAAAGUUAUCCGUUUUUAUUUACUGAAUGUGCACCUUUGAAUAGACUCUGUGUGCACUGGCGGACGAUGAAAAGUUGUUAAAGACAGAUGGGAAUGAAGAAGAGGAGCAAGGUUUUAUUUAUAGCGCUGAGACAUUAAGUACUGGAGCAAUCAGUGCACGGACUCACUGGAUAGGGGUUUUUUACGUGCGGAAAUGUAAUUCUUGCAUCUCUCUGCCUUAGUCACGUGUCAGUUGCCGAUUAUUUGACACUGGAAAAUUGUGGAGCAUUGGCCAAUUCACUUCUAACUCCUUUGCUUGGAGCAGAUGCUUCUAUCUUCUAUUUGGGUAGUUUCACCAUAGAUAACUAUGCGAUUCGUAUGCGCGAGCAAGGCCCACGUACCAGGUUGCUUGGGCAGGUUGUGUGUCGAGGGCUUGAAGGACUUCUGGCAGCCAGGCGAAUUGGCCACUGUGUAUUACAUUCCCUGUUUCAUAUGGUGCGCUGCCAAGAAGACUUGUAUUUCUGUGAGUGCACAAUAUGUAGCCGUUUGCGCGGCAUGUUCACAUGGGGGGCCACGCAGUUCAAGCCCAACCUGAUAUUUUUGAGGAUAAUAAUGACGAAAAGUAGAAUUAGGACUAUGAGGGCGAUGGCGAGCAUAGUGCUGAUAACGACGAUAAUGACGAUAGGGAUGUGUGCAACGGUGAUGUUAAUCCGAAUGUUUGUGCUGAUGGUGAUUCCGCCGGCGACAAGAUUAUUAUGCUCUUCUCUACCGCCUUUUUCAGGCCCUCUCACCCUGGUCGCCCGUACUUAACGCGCUCUGUCCUCACACGGUCGACUCCUCUUCCCCUUCUCCGCACUGUCUUCCCGCAACAACGCCAAGCAGGAAACGCUGGACCAGUCUGUUCUGGCUCACCGCGGCGGAUACUUCUGUCAAUAAGCUGACAUGGCCGGAACACAUCUUUGGACCCCGGGGCUGUCGUUGGCUAUACGCAGUUGCCCGCUUAGCCCUGAUCUCUAACUGGCUGGCGUGGCUUUCGCGUGUGGAGAUUGCCGCGGCGUUGGGGCAGUUCAGGCAGUCAAACCGCAUCCUGUGCGAGGGCGUGGCUACUGCCUGUCUUCAUCCGGCCAGUCUGGGCUGUGGUCAGGCGCCGCUUUUCGAUAUCUGGCCUUUAUGGCUUGCACGUCUUUGGCUUCGGUCGUCGUGCGGCCUUUUAGUUCGCUUUUGUGCCUAUGCUGGCAUCACAACGCGGUGCUAUUUCCCGCUUUCGGACACAGACGAGAUUUGA